AUAUCCGAACUUGAAGCGAUUGAGAUACUAUCACCGCCCCGUGCGCUUACCACCACAUGCUCCCACUCAAUCUAUCGUCACACUUUCCGCCUUCUGCUUCCGAUGGCUCUACCGUCCUGCUUGCCUUCGCUCCAAAAACCGUCUCCUCGCGUCUUCGCCGCUUUCCUUCGCCGACCCCUCCUUGUCGCUUCGACCAAGGGGAAACCGGGUGCCGCCACUUCCCGCCAGAGAUGGCGUCGCGGGACAGGGUCGGUGGCGGCGGGACCGAUGUCGACUGAGGAAGUGCUUCUGCGUCCAGAGGAGGAGGAGGUGAAGGAGGAAUACGAUUGGAGGGAGGAGUGGUACCCACUGUAUCUGACGGCGGAGGUGCCGGAGGACGCCCCCUUGGCCCACACCGUGUUCGACGAGAAGAUCGUUCUGUUUCGGGAUGGUAACGGCGUCAUCCGGUGCUUCCAAGAUCGGUGCCCCCACAGGUUGGCUAAACUUUCUGAAGGUCAACUCGUUGAUGGAAGAUUAGAGUGCUUGUAUCACGGUUGGCAAUUUGGAGAUGAUGGUAAAUGCUUAAAGAUACCUCAGCUACCAGAUGGGGCUCGAAUUCCUCGGUCUGCUUGUGUUAGAACCUAUGAAACUAAAGACUCUCAGGGAGUCGUAUGGGUUUGGAUGUCGGACAAGAACCCACCAGAUGAGAACAAGCUCCCCUGGUUUGAACACUAUGCAAGGCCAGGCUUUCAAGAUGUCUCCACAAUCCAUGAGCUCCCAUAUGAUCACUCGAUACUUCUUGAGAACUUCAUGGAUCCUGCUCAUGUUCCUAUAUCACAUGAUCGAACAGAUUUUUACUCCAAACGAGAGGAUGCACAGGCAUUGUUGUUUGAGGUGACCAAGCGCAGUGGCAGGGGUUUCGCAGGAUCCUGGAGCAAAUCAAAGCCUCCAGCUCUGACUAAUCUCCUACGUUUUGAAGCUCCUUGCAUUCUUCAAAAUAGCAAUGAGUACAUCGACAAGGAUGGCACCAAACAGUAUGUCUCGGCUCUCUUCUUAUGCCGGCCUACUGGGCAAGGCAAAUCCAUGGUCAUCAUACGGUUUGGAUCGACACUGAGGUCCCCUAUUGUCAGAUUGCUUCCAACCUGGUUCUUCCAUCAGAAUAUUUGCAAGGUCCUCGAACAAGACAUGGGCUUCUUGUCAUCACAGAACGAAAUCCUCUGGAAGGAGAAGGCACCAACGGGAAGGUUGUACAUCAACCUCAAGUCUUGCGAUACUUGGGUUGCCGAGUACAGGAGGUGGAAGGAUAAGGUAGGCCAUGGCAUGCCUUAUUUUUUUGGUCAUAACUCGUGCUCACUUGCUGAAGACCCUGCAGUUGUAGAGCAUGCCCCUGCUGGGCUGACAGCUGGGAUUUCUUCUUCCAUGCCUGCCAAGGGUGCAACCGGAGACAUUCAUGCUCCAAACCCUAUUAAUCGCUACUUCCGCCACAUAGUACAUUGCAAGGAAUGCAGAAGUGCUGUUAAAUCAUUCCAAGUUUGGAGGAAUGCCUUUGUUUUUAUGGCUUUUACUUCCAUUUCUAUGGCCAUUCUGGCAUCAAGAAGGCAGUGGAAGGCUUUCUUUUUAGUUUCAGCUGCAUUUUGCAUGGCUGGAGCACAUGCAUGCUCCUCGGCACUUUCCCUUAUCAAAACCAACUUCAUUCGGGGCCACAGGAGAUUGUAAGUGGAGAUUGAUUGGAUUCUCCUUGUGUAAGAUCAACGGAUAUAUACCACACUGGUUGAUAACAAUUCUGUAUAAAAAGCUGUUGAAUCUGAUCAUAAGUUUUGAAUGGUUGAUUCGGUGUGUUUCCCUUC